CUUAUUAGUUCACAGCAAGACGCCGCAAGCCUCAUUGCUCGCCGACUGCGCCUCCCGAGCUCAAGUCCUGCCUAAUAAGCUUUCACCUCAACCCACGCCGCCCCGUGGCUCUCCCGUCCGCUCAGGAACAUGGUCAUGAUCCCUGGCCAGUGACGUGACGCUGCCCUUCUCCAGAGAGCGCGCACCGCUUCAGUUUGAGGUUUGGGGCCCGGCUGCCUGUCAACUGCUCGCACCGCGCCCGAAAGCCACCGCUCCUCUGCGCCGCGCUGCCCGUCCGUUCCUGACCUCUCUCCCUCUUUGUCCGCACAUCCAUCCCCAGGUAUAUACCGACUAUACCGACUACUUAUCCUUGGGCAUCCCCUUUCACCUGGCCCCAGCCGGGAGCAAUCAUGUCUUCCGCAUCCGCCACCGCCCAAGGCUUCUCCCUGCCUCUGGACACCGACAACCAUCACGACUUCGCCUUCGACCUUGAACCCCGCAAUUCGCCUGCAGCCCAACAGCGCCAACUCAAGCAGCAGCAGCAGCAGCAGCAUCAACAGCAGCAGCGCUCAUCCAUCGACUCCAACCUGCUGUCGCCCUUCCUGUCGCGCGUCAACAGCGACUCCCUCUCGCCCGCGAACCCCUCGGAGACGCCUGCCGGAUCCGCCUCGACGCUGAGCAUCUACCAAUCUAGCGACUUCAGUGACUUCGACGACGACCCCUUCUUCGGUGCCAACUUCACCAAUCCCGAGGUCGGCACGCCAUCAUUCCUGGACGACCAGAGCCCCCAGCAGGAGCACAAUGCCAACGACGACUCUUAUCCUCUGACGCCGGACCAAACUGCCUCUAGGACGACCCUCACGCGACCCGACCAGCAUCAGCUGCCCGUCUCCGUCUCGCCGCAACAGCUCCAGAAGGCUUUCAAGCCGAAUCCCCUUAUCAUCCCGCCGCCUCAGUUGACCCCCAGCCAGACCGACAGUGGACGAUCCAGCGAGGACGGCUUGGCCCCUGCUCCUGUCGAUAUGCGGUGUCAGAGCCCCCGAGUCACCAUCUCCGUAUGGGACAAGGACAAUAACGGACCCGUUCACACCGUUGAGCGGACUUUUGAAGACAGUCCCUCGACAGUACGCGGCGGGCUCGAGUCCGCGGGAGACUUGAUCACGUCGUCGGUGAACCAGGGACACGGCCAAGCGGCUCCUGUCACCACUACUUCAAGAGAUUCCAUGGGCCAAUGGCGACGUGACCCCGUCACCGGCCAUUCCGGCCUGGAUCCCAAAAGGCGGCCCGGCGAGGAGAUUGCAAGCAUCAAUGAGAUUAUCAACCGCAGAGAGAUUGAGGAGAAGAACCAGGAAGUCGGCAAGUGGCUCACCGGCAACGUCCAUGACACCGUGCCUCCUGAUAAGCCGUCUCAGGAGGACAUCAACGCAGCAGAAGAGCAAAGCCGCAACAGCAACGACGGCAUUCCUCUUGGCGACCAGACCGAGAACAAGUACAUCCCCGGCCAGACAUACUACUCCCCUAAUGGUGCCGGCCAGCUGUCGGACGAGGAUUAUGACAUUAUAUAUGCCAAUCGCGGCUGGGCCGAUGCUCCCCUUCUUCACUCCAUCAGAAGUGGCGGCCAAAGCCGCCAUCAGCCCCAGAGCUCGCAGGCUGCCAUUGAUCGGUUCGAGAGAAUAGCGGCAACCUGGGGCACUCGCCGACGCAGCUUGCCCAGCGUUGUCGACCUCGAUAUCGAGGGUGUCACUAGCGGCAACUUCCUGAAGAAGCUGUCUGGCAGUCUCCUAAAAGACCUUCGCGGCCUCCGCUCUCGCAGCGGACAGCGAGAAGGCGACGCUGUGGUUGAGCAGGCAGACAUGCCGCACCUUUCUCCCCUCUCGCGCACGGGGAGCUGGGGCAAGAAAAACCAGGCCCCGAGCAUCAACACCGCCUUGGUGUCCAUGGGCCAAAACAUUGCCUCCAUCGGCACGACGCACUCGCGCGCUGGAUCCAUCAGCACCAUCCCCGCCCCGUCGGCCUCCAAGGGUCCCCGUCUCAGUUCGGACCUGCCCAAGCCAACGGCUUCCUCCUCUUCCAGCAAUAGUAACGCCGAAGGCACUCGCUCCAGUCUCGCCCACUUGUGGCAGAGUGUUGGGGGUCCGCCAGUAGCUGCUCUACCCGUCGAGGCAGACGACGAUGAGGACGAAGAUGACGACUUCUACGAAGAUAACGACAUGAAGAUGAACCCCAACAUUAUUGACGACAUUGCGCCGAAUUUUGCCGGCUUUCAACAACAUAUCCAGACCCUGAACCCAGGACUGCCACCGGUCCAUAGCUACCUCGUAGAUCGCAUUGCCCACCAGCAGAUCAUUCGAUACAAGCAGCUGCUGAACAACAAGGUCAAGCACCUCGGCCUCGGCGCCAAUUGCCCCUGCGGUCCUCUCUGCCUGGCGCUUGGUGGCUCAGCGAAUGUGCUGAGCGCAAGGGCAGGAGAUGGCAAUGGCGCCAACAAGGGGUUGGACGCCUUGUCGACUCCCUAUGACGAGGAUGACAAUGUCACGCCGACCGAGGGCGCCAUCAACCAAGAGAGCUUUCCGACCGACAUCCCCAUGCCGCCGACUCAGCACCUGCCGGCCGAGUUCGAAUGCCAGCUAUGCUAUCAGAAGAAGAAGUUCCUUAAGCCAUCCGACUGGACCAAGCACGUGCACGAGGAUGUGCAGCCCUUUACAUGCACGUGGGACAAGUGCCGGGAUCCCAAGAUCUUCAAGCGCAAGGCCGACUGGGUCCGCCAUGAAAACGAGGGCCAUCGACACCUGGAGUGGUGGACGUGCGAUGUCGAAGAUUGCCGGCAUACGUGCUACCGCCGCGACAAUUUUUUGCAGCACCUCGUUCGCGAGCACAAGUUCCAUGAGCCCAAGGUGAAGACUAAGGCGGCCAUGAAGAAGGCCGGCACGGUCGAUCCCACUUGGCACAAGGUCGAGCAGUGCCAUGUGGAAACGAGCAAGCAGCCGCAUGAGGAGCCGUGCAGGUUCUGCGGCAAGGUCUUCCCGACGUGGAAGAAGUUGACUGUUCAUCUGGCCAAGCAUAUGGAGCAAAUCUCGCUUCCCGUGCUGCGCUUGGUAGCGGCCAAGGCAAAAGAGCUGGCGGCGGAUACCAUCAUCAGCCCGGUCCAGGAUCCGCCCCCACGGCACGAGAUACCGCUCAUGCCAGAGCAGAGGUCGCCUGCCCCCAUGCGGUAUGUGGAUAAUAGCCAGCAGCAGCAGCAGCAGCCGCCGCUCCAGCAACACCAGCUUUCCUCCGUACCGUCCAUGGCUCCUCAACAGCAGGCGCACCAGCAACCAGUAUCGUAUGCGCAGGCCCAAGGCACCUUCAUGUAUCCGGUGAUGCCCCCGGGACCGUCCUAUCCACCGUUCUAUUCUCCCCAAUUCGAGAGCAUAGGCCACAGCCUGCAUCAGCCCCCGUCGAUGGCCGCUAGCCCGCUAGGCUACGACCCCGGCCGGCGGGUUCAGGACCUGCCCGUCACUUCGGCUCCGUAUGUGCAGGGGUCGAAUCCGUAUGCCAACAUGACAAUGGCAAAUGAGGUGGAGCCACCAUUCGCACCCCUGAAUGCGCUGGGCUUGCAGAACGUGCCCGUACAGGUGGCCGCCGCCGUCCCCCCUAUGGGCGCGCAGAUGGCGUACGACAACAUGAUUGACCCCUCGAGCGUCAAUGGCAGCCCAUUCAGCGGCCACGAAACUCUGUCGACGUAUUCUCACUCUCCUCACCAGGGCGCUAUUCAGAUAGACACCAAGAGCUGGGAUGAUAGACAGGUGUCUGGAUAUUUCUAAAGCCUUGUUUUCUUCAAUUUGAUUCUCUUUCCGUGAGUUAUUUGGCAUGGUUUUUGGGAGCUCUCUCUAUAGCUGUACCUCGUCUGAGGAUGGGUUUUGGCGACAAUUUUGUCUAGGAACAGGCAGUAGUAUUUGAACACGAUUCCCCUG